ACCCAGCAGGCGUUGCAGCAGAGACUUUUAGUGGGUUGCUUAGCAACGCCUUCAAACUGAAACGGACAAGAAGUAAUACUGAAACGAAAUGGCUUUUUUAGCUGAUUAAAAAGUCAGAGCAGCAGUUGAUUUAACCGCAGACAUGGAGCAAGAAAACACAGCUUCACAGUCAGCAUCACCAGAAAACACUGAAGUGAUGCAGGCGGCGGCAGAGGAGGAAUCAACAUCAGUGCUCUCUGCAGACAUGUACUACAAGUAUGAGGAUCUUUACUCCAGACCAGUCAUCACAGCUGAUUCUGAAAUCCCAGAGAACCUCCUGCAACUCUCUCACUCCUUCGGUUAUGACAGUGGGCGGCGGAUGAACCUGAAGCUUCUGGAUGACAGAACUCUGAUAUUUAUAGCUGGUAACCUUCUUGUUCUGCUGGAUGUUUCCACUAGAGAGCAGAAAUACCUUCGCUCGUGCAGCGGAGGAGGAAUUGGCUCCAUCACGACACAUCCAAGCAAAGACUACUUUGUUGCAGCCGAGAAGGGAACCCAGCCCAACAUCAUAGUGUAUAAAUACCCCUCAUUACAGCCUUACCGCAUCCUCAGAGGUGGCACGGAACGCGCGUACAGCUUUGUGGACUUUAAUGCUGACGGCAGCCUGCUGGCCAGUGUAGGCAGCACCCCCGACUACUUGCUGACACUUUGGAACUGGAGACAGGAGGAGGUGAUGCUGAGCUGCAAGGCUGUUUCUCAGGAGGUCUACCGAGUGAGCUUCUCCCCCUAUAACCCAGAACUGCUGACGUCCUCAGGAUCUGGACACAUCAAGUUCUGGAAAAUGACCAGCACCUUCACAGGUCUUAAACUGCAAGGGUUAAUGGGACACUUUGGGAAAACAGCAGCCACUGACAUUGAGGCCUAUGUGGAUCUUCCUGAUGGAAAGGUUGUAUCCGGGUCAGAAUGGGGAAACCUGCUGCUGUGGGAUGGGAAUUACAUCAAGGUGGAGAUUUGUCGUAAGGAGGGACGGAGCUGCCACGCGGGGACGAUCCAGCCGUUCGCUCUAGAACAUGAACAGCUGAUGACGUUUGGCUCUGACGGUGUCGUCCGGGGAUGGGACUUUAGGAGCAUUGACACAGCUGACAGUAAAAGCAAUAGCAGGAGAUUUGAGCUCGAGCCCAUGAAUGAGAUGGUGGUCGGACACAGCGUGUGUCUUACCUCUAUGGUGAAGAGCUCCCUGCCUGACUCCUUCAUCUGGUUUGCUCAGGACUCCAGUGGCGCCAUCUGGAAACUUGAUCUUUCAUUCAGCCUGCAGGCUUCUGGUCCAGAGUGCCUGUUCUCGUUCCAUGCCGGAGCAAUCCGAGGUCUAGAUGUAUCAAAGAAUUCACACUUGAUGGCCACCACCACUCUAGACCGUUCAGUCAAAGUAUUUGACUAUAUCUCCAAGAAAGAACUGACCACCAGUCGUUUCAGUCAGGGCGGAACCGCUCUCAGCUGGGCUCCACCAUUGGUGGAUGAGAGUGGAGGUUUACUGGCGACUGGUUUUGAGGACGGAGUGGUUCGCUUACUGGAGCUCUACAAUCCUCAGAAGCUUCACGUCAGCACAGGACACAGGCCCAAAGGGAAUGCAACGCUGCGCCUCAAACAGGCCCUUAAACCCCACAAUGCACCUGUAACCGCUUUGGCAUUUGAGCCAAACGGAGGCAUCUUAGCAACCGGGAGUUCAGACUGCACUGUUUUCUUCUUCACUGUCGGAGGAAAGUAUGAGCCCAUUGGCUUUAUUCAUGUUCCUGGGCCAGUGCAGGGUCUUGAGUGGUCACCUGAGUGGCAUAGUGAAAACAGGCUGCUCAUUUUGUGUCAAAGUGGACACGUGGUUGAGGUGCAGAGUCCUGAUCUUAAGGCUGAAAAACCCAACAAAACCUUCCAGCUGCCGGAGCUGCCCAGAAGAUUUUUCAGGUUCAGAAGCAUCAAAUCUCGAAUCAAGAGAGAUGAAGAAAUAGCAAGGCGUCAAACCAUAAAGGAGGAGAAAGAGAAAGAGUGUGAAGAUGAGGCAGAAGAAUCAAAACAGCCAGACGCACACAAAGAAGAGGAGAAGGAUCUGCCGCCCAUCUACAUCCCAGAUCCUCCAAGUCCUCUGUAUUGUGGCUUCUACUCACUUCCUGGCCAGUUCUGGCUGUCCUUGGGAGGCUAUGACUCAGGUUUCCUGUAUCACUGUAAGUUCUCUGAGGAGCAGGGUGAGAACACAAACAAACAGGAGGAUGAACCCUUUGACUUCUUGUCUGUUCAUAACACCGACAAUGAUCCGAUUCGCACUGUGGCCUUCAGCUCCAACAGACAGCUGCUGCUCUGUGGGAUGCACUCAGGCUCGAUUAGGGUUUACCUCCUGCAGCAGGAGGACCACAGCCUCACAUCCAUGCAGCACUGCUGGAGUCAUAGUGUCCAUGACAACCAAUACGGACACCUGCAGCACAUUUGCUGUAGCCAUGAUGACCACUUUGUACUAACAGGGGGUGAUGAUGGGAACAUCUUCUCAUUCAGCCUGCUUCCUACAGAAGAUCUACAGAAGCUCCAGCAGACCAAGGUUCCUUCUCCGAGGGCUGGUAUUGAGAAUGAGGUUUCUACUCAGGACAUUGUUGAUCCAGCAGCUUACAGCAUAGAGCUGGCUAAGCAGAAGCUGGAGAAGGACCAGCUGUGUCGGGAGGCUGAGCUGAAAAUUGCAGAGAGGCAUGGGAAGCUGGCUGAGCUCAGUAAAAUUUAUAAUAACGUGCUGAUCGAAAACCGGAGUCUGCCAGAGCAUGUUUGCCUGAAAGCUGAGGAGCUGCAACUGCAUCCGUGUUUCAGGGCUUAUUCAGAGCAGCUUAAGUCUCAGAGGGUGAUGGAAGUUAGACAGCAGUUUGAAUGGGAGCAAGAGCGCUGUGACAUAGCUCUGAGACAACUACGGGACUGGUACUGCACACAAGUAACAUUUACUUACUGUAAAUGUUCAUUCUUAAAGGAGGGCAACAAAAUAAAACCUCAUUCACUUAACAUCAUGGACAUUUAUGGUCUGGAAGAGGAGUCCAGGAGUUCAGGGUUCAGGGACUCGCUGCAGAAUGUGGUCACUGUGGUUGCCAUACGCAGUAAUAACAGAGUCUCCACCUACCGAGUGGCUGCUGUCACUCAGGCUUCAGCCCAGAGGUCACCGACCCAACCGGAGGCAAACGAAGUUGCUGCAGUCGAACGCAGAAAAUCCAUCAUUGGGCUAGCAAAGAACAGCACCACGAUAGAAGAGGACGAAUUGUUGCACCCAGAUGCGCCCCGUCCCACAGGGAUUAAGUUGGGAGAUCGGCAGAUCGAGAGGCUCAGAAAGGCUGCAGAGAAAGCUGAGCAAGCUCGAGCCAAAAUCGAGAAGAGGAAACAGGAAUGGGCACAACUUUAUGCAGAGAAGCCAGAUGAGAACUACGAGGAUCCACAAGCUUUGCAGGCCAUCCAGGAAGCCAGAGAGAACAUCGGAGACUUAAAACUGAAGUCAGCCAAGGACUUCACAGUGCCCAUACACCUGAGAACCAACGCUGAGAGGAAGAGAGCAGAACUGAGAGGGCUGGAGGAAAAUAUGCAUGAAUUGCAGACUGAAAUGAAUAGACGGGUUGUGGCGCUGCGUGACUCCAAGGCUGGUUUAGUGUCGUGGCUGAAGGCUCAGGCCCAGCAGCUUCAGAAGAUCCAGGAGCGUUUGCCAGCUCAUCUCUGUCGCGAACCUCCAGCUGUGCCCUUCAUGCUGCCUGAGGAAACGCCAGAGAAGAAGACGCGUUGCAGCCGCAGCGUCUUGGAGUGUUACCGCGUUCUGAGGGGAGAGAGGGUUAAGACCACGCAGCAUGAGGAGGUGGAAGGAGCCACAAGUUUGUUGGAGCAGCUCGAGAAAGAAAUGGGAGCCCAGGAGUGGAAAGAGGAGGAAGGACACGAAGAAGAAAAAGGUUCUCUGAGUAUGGCGUCUGUAACCAGAGAGGAAGAAGAGGGAGUGAAGCUGACUGAACUGGAGGAGGAACUCCAGAGGGAGAAUGAGAUCAUACUACUACAUGAGCAGGACUCGCUCUUAGAGCAGAUGGAGCGGUCAGUGUGGGAGUUCGACGCAGAGCUUAUGCUGCUCCGACACAGGAAGGUGCAUCUGGACUGGCAGCUGAAGCAGGCCGACCUCUGCAAGAUAGUCCUCUACCAGGAGCUGCUGCUCCUCAAGGAGUUCGAGAGGAGGGAGGACAGCCUGCAGGAGAAGCUGAAUGAGUGCAUCAGAGAGGAGAACAGCAUCACGUCGAGGCUGGAGGACUGUAAUGAACAGCUGGAGCUGAGGCACAGGGAAAUAGUUGAACUCCAUGAGAGAGAGAAGGUGCUGCUUGCCUCUUUCCAAGCCUUGCUGGGCAAAACCACCAAGUUUGAAGAUUUUCUCACCAAAGUCUUCAAGAAGAAGGUCAAACGUGUCAAGAAGAAGAAGCAGGAAGCAAAUGAAGAAGAAGAAGCGGGCAGUGAUGAAGACUCGAAUGAAGAUGAUGACUGGGAUGAUGAUGAUGAUGAUCAUGAUGAUGAUUAUGACAGCGGAACAGAGGAGGGAGGAGUUCCUUUGAAUGACAGCGUUUGCCCACCAGGCUGUGAGCCCGAGUUGUUUAAGAAGACGCUGGAGCUGCGCGAGUCUCGCCUGGACCUGGAGGAACAGCUGCUGGAGGAGAAGAAGAACGCAGAGCUUGUGAAAAAAGAGUGUGACAACCUCCUAAAGAAGGAGAAAUCAGUCAAGAGCAGUCGACAGGCGGUGGAGGAGGGCCUGGAGCUAGUCAACAAAGAGAAACAGCAGAAGAUGAAUGAACUCCAUAUCGUGGUUCCUCUUAGACUGUCCCAGAUUGAAUUUGUCACCAAUGGCUCUUUGCCAUCGGACCUGAGUCAGGCACUGGUGGUGGACAGGAUGGAGCUGAGCCGGCUGCAGGAGCGCAUCAAACAGCUGCAGGUGGAAAAGGGCCAGCAGAGAGAGCUGAGCUUCCAGGCUCGCCAGCAGCACACGCGGCUCAUCCACGACCGCAAGGAGAUGAUCGCCAAGAUCCAGAUGCUGGAGAAGCAGUGCGACAAAGUGAUGUUACAGAAGUUUGGGAGGCAGGUGGAUCUGGAGGCACUGCAGACGCUGUCAGGGAACCGGAGGCUGGAGGAGCUUAAGCAGGAGAAACUCCUCCGUGAAGCUGCGUACGCCAAGGAAAUAAGGCAGUGUGAUGCCAUGGUAGAAGACGCUCGCAGCGCUCUGAUGGAGGUGACCAAGGCUAACACAGAGCGACUUCAUAGCAUGAACAAUCUCCUUGACCAGAAGAGGGAACUGGAGCAUAGACUCAAUGCCAGACAGAGGAAAAUGAGGCAACACUUCCAGGAUUACGGGAGACACGUGGACCAGGAGGAGAUCCGCAGGCUCCAUGAGCUGGUGAAAUCACAGUCACAGCUGGCCGACGCCUACAGGAGAGAGAUCCGCCUGCUGUCAUCUAAAGGAGGCCACAUGCUGCCCCCUGGCAGGGCCCAGCUGCCCCCAUUGGCCCCAGUGCCCCCCUCCAGAGACAGGAAGACCAGCAAGCAGGGAUCAGCGCAUCCAUUCAAACAGCUCAAACCUCAAAACUAAUAAAUAAAUAAAUAAUUAAAAAUAAAUAAGUAAGUAAGUAAGUAAUGGAUCUUUCUCUGGCAUCAUGCCACAUAAUUGUGUAACUAAUGCAGUGAUGCUUCAGGUAAAUGCUGGCUUUUGUCUUUAUCUCAGUUUUAAACCUUAAAAACCUGUAUGAGUUAAGAUUAUAACAUUCAGUCAUUUAAAUGAUGGCUGAUAACAACCUCCUGGCAGAAAACAAUUGCUGACUAGUAGGUACAGUAG